AUGUUUCUACUUUUUCUCUUUCUUUUGCCUGUAUCUUCUCAUUCACUCCCAUAUCCCCUGCCAAUACUCUUAAGAUACCCAUUAUCACAUGUUUCUACUUGUUUCUCUUUCUUUGCCUGUAUCUUCUCAUUCACUCCCAUAUCCCUUCCAAUACUCUUAAGAUACCCAUUAUCACAUGUUUCUACUUGUUUCUCUUUCUUUGCCUGUAUCUUCUCAUUCACUCCCAUAUCCCUGCCAAUACUCUUAAGAUACCUAUUAUCACAUGUUUCUACUUGUUUCUCUUUCUUUGCCUGUAUCUUCUCAUUCACUCCCAUAUCCCUUCCAAUACUCUUAAGAUACCCAUUAUCACAUGUUUCUACUUGUUUCUCUUUCUUUGCCUGUAUCUUCUCAUUCACUCCCAUAUCCCUUCCAAUACUCUUAAGAUACCCAUUAUCACAUGUUUCUACUUGUUUCUCUUUCUUUGCCUGUAUCUUCUCAUUCACUCCCAUAUCCCUGCCAAUACUCUUAAGAUACCCAUUAUCACAUGUUUCUACUUGUUUCUCUUUCUUUGCCUGUAUCUUCUCAUUCACUCCCAUAUCCCUUCCAAUACUCUUUUUUAAGAUACCCAUUAUCACAUGUUUCUACUUGUUUCUCUUUCUUUGCCUGUAUCUUCUCAUUCACUCCCAUAUCCCUGCCAAUACUCUUAAGAUACCUAUUAUCACAUGUUUCUACUUGUUUUCUUUCUUUGCCUGUAUCUUCUCAUUCACUCCCAUAUCCCUUCCAAUACUCUUAAGAUACCCAUUAUCACAUGUUUCUACUUGUUUCUCUUUCUUUGCCUGUAUCUUCUCAUUCACUCCCAUAUCCCUUCCAAUACUCUUAAGAUACCUAUUAUCACAUGUUUCUACUUGUUUCUCUUUCUUUGCCUGUAUCUUCUCAUUCACUCCCAUAUCCCUGCCAAUACUCUUAAGAUACCCAUUAUCACAUGUUUCUACUUGUUUCUCUUUUCUUUGCCUGUAUCUUCUCAUUCACUCCCAUAUCCCUUCCAAUACUCUUAAGAUACCCAUUAUCACAUGUUUCUACUUGUUUUCUUUCUUUGCCUGUAUCUUCUCAUUCACUCCCAUAUCCCUGCCAAUACUCUUAAGAUACCCAUUAUCACAUGUUUCUACUUGUUUCUCUUUCUUUGCCUGUAUCUUCUCAUUCACUCCCAUAUCCCUUCCAAUACAGUUAAGAUUACUCAUCAUCUCAUGUCUCUGCUCUUCUCUCAAAUUGUUCUAG